CUUGCCGACAUCGACGCCAUCUAAUCCCAUGUCCGACGCAAUUACACUCGACAAAGCCUCUUUGCGCGAACAGUUCGUCUUCCCGACGAAUACAGGCGUGGGUGGCACACGUGCAGUAAAUGGGGAUGGACCAUGCACAUACUUGUGUGGUAACUCCUUAGGACUGCUAUCAAAGACCGCGGAGAGCCGAGUUCAACGAGAGUUUCACGCAUGGGGAGCUCAAGCUGUCAUGGGCCAUUUCUCUCAUGUCGAGGGUACCAGUUGGUUGAAUAUGACCGAUGAUGUCGACCCCAUCUUGGCCGAGCUUGUGGGCGCAAAACCCUCCGAAGUGGCUUGCAUGAGCACCCUGACCGCGAAUCUCCAUUUGAUGCUGAACUCGUUCUAUAAGCCUACGUCAGAGAGAUUCAAGAUUUUAUGCGAAGGAAAAGCUUUUCCUUCCGAUCAGUAUGCUUUCGCUUCACAAGCUCAGUCGCACGGCUUCAAUCCUAAGGAAGCGGUUCUAGAAUUAUUUCCUCGUGAGGGAGAAUACGUACUUCGAGAGGAAGACAUCCUCGAGGUUAUCCAGAAGCAGGGUUCUACUAUAGCCGUGGUCAUAUUCAGUGGUAUCCAGUACUACACUGGCCAGUGGUUCCCAAUGAAGUCUAUCACGAAGGCGGCUAAGGAUCAGGGCUGUAUCUGCGGCUGGGACCUUGCCCAUGCAAUCGGGAAUGUUCCCAUGUCUCUCCAUGACUGGGAUGUCGACUUCGCAGUGUGGUGCACAUACAAAUAUUUGAACUCGGGACCAGGCGGGAUAGCGGGUCUAUUCGUGCAUGAGAAAUGGGAUGAUCGCGAGCUGCCGAAAUAUGCCGGUUGGUGGGGCAAUGACCGUGCGACACGUUUCGAAAUGCGGCCUACCUUCUCGCCCAUCCGAGGCGCUCAAGGCUUCCAACAGUCCAACCCCUCCACGCUCUGUAUCGCCGCACUUUACGGUUCCCUACAGCUGUUCCAACAAGCAGGCAUGAUGCCCGCCCUUCGCAAACGAUCCCUCGCGCUCACCGGUCACCUCGAGUCUCUGCUCCUCAAGUCAUCGUUCUACGUUCCGCCAUCCCAAGUCGCUUCACGGUCAGAUAAAAAACCUGCCUUCACGAUCAUUACGCCCAAUGACCCGGAAGCCCGCGGCUCACAACUCUCCCUGAAGUUCUUACCCGACACGAUCAUGGUGCCCGUGUUCGACGGUCUGAAGAGUUUUGGAGUGAUCGGAGACGAGAGAAAUCCGGAUGUCAUCCGACUCGCUCCUGCCCCGAUCUAUAACACCUUCGAGGAUUGCGAAGUCGCCGCACGCUCACUAGAGGAGGCAUUCAAUUCUUUGUCGUAAUCCCCACGGCUGUUCCAUUACGAUGUCUCAAGCCCACGUUGUAGAAGUCCUGUACAAUGACACAAUUAUUUGACAAUAUGUAGCCUUUCGUUCGUCUUCUGCCACUCGAUUAUCGUGCUAGAAUAUUGACACAUCCCCAUCGGCGAGAAUGAAAUCACCGACUAUACGCGCAUAUUUCCCUUCUGCCAGGAUCUCGUUAUGAUCUCCAUCGAGCUCUUCCCAGUUCUUCGACACCUUCGAUCGAACGGCUGUUCCCUUGUCUACAAACAGCGACAGGUGAUCGAACAUCACCUGACUCUGGACCAAGUCGACCAGCGUAUCCCCCGUCGAAUGGAUGAUCAACCAUCGGAUUAGACCGCCACAUUCUCUCUCCUUCAUCUUCGCUACUGAGAACUGCUCGUACGACCCACGAUCCUCAAAUGCGUCGGCGACGAACAUCUGCCGGUAGUCGGGGAACGACUGCAACAGGAUGUCGAGAUCAUAGAUGCCCUCCGACAUGAUAACACCCUGUAUAGAUUUGAGCAGUUGGGCGGUAGGUGUCAACGAUGGUGUUGCAGAGUCGAGGACGAUGGACGCGAGCAUGUGCGCGCUGCAACUGUGACCUAUGAGAUACAGGCGAGUCGGGUCGUAAGGCGCAGAGUCGUAUCCCUCUGGACCGCUCCAGGUCAAAAGGAAGGUGAGAAAGGCGAGGAUAUCUUCUGCGUGAGCGGGGUGCAGCAGCGUCGGCUCCUCAGCAGAGGGUUGUCUUGGUGUGAGUCGAUAGUUCGGCAGGACGACUGGAUAUCCUGUCCGAGCGACGAGGUUGUGCGCGAGAACGGCGUGGUCCGCUUUAUCUUCGGAACGCCAAGCGCCACCGUGGACAAAACAAAUAAGGGGAGGUAUUUCGCCUUUCCGAGGUGCACCGGACUCCGGAAUAUAAAUAUCGAACUCAUGGAAGGUAUCCCGUGGCUUUCCGGGGAUGCUUGAGGUCUGAUAUGGCAGAUUCAAGUAUGUUUUCGUGGCCAUGGCUGGAAAUACAGUGUAAGUCGGUCCGUCGACAGAAACGAUAUGUUUCUCUGACGAGAAAUGUAGAUCGUCAGUCGCGACCCCGCUGUACCAAUAGAUAGGGACACUAACCCUGUGCAGCUGCGGUCAACUGGCAAGACUUUGAUCUCAGGAGGAUCAGCCCGCUGAGUGCAGUGAUACAAUGACCAGUAAUCGCGCUAUGGAGUACACAAACCCACUGCUAUCCACCUCAGAGAGCUCUCAAGAACGUAGGUUAGGUGCGAUGCGUCACUGUAGG